AUGCUGUCUGUCUGCGGAUGCGAGUGCUUGGCCUCAAAGUCUCUGAAAGGUGGUCAAAUCACCCAUCAGGGUGAGAUCGUGCUCGCCGAUCAAUGUGCCUUACCUUCUCGCCUCCAUCAUCCCUUCGAUCACCCACCCCCUCUCGCUUUCCGUUUCAUUCCAAAGAGCUGUGCUCUUACGGGUCCAUCCGAGCCCUUUUCUGUUCCUACAAACGCGAACCUCGACUUCUCAGAUCGUCUGGACGAGCUAACAACGUUGUCGAGACCUUCGUGCUGCUUUCUUAUCCCUUCUGAAAUCCUCUGUCACAUUCCCCGGUCACGGUUCCUCGUCUCGUUUUACAGAGACGACUUGCGCUCCUCCACCAUACCCACCCUACUCAUAAAUUUGGACGAUGCGAUGGCAGCUCAGACGCGACAGCCAAAGCAUGCAAGGCGAAUCAGCCCAUCGAUUCGCUUCCAGCCUCAAGAGCAAGAGUUCUGCGUCGAGGAGACGCUGGCGUCUUCCUCUCGUGUCACUCUCUGUUCGCAACCAACAACAUCAACAACGACAAAGAACACAGUUCGCGCUUCCACCUUCGCGCGUCAGCAGCAGCACCUUCCUCCUCGGACAAAGGCAGCAAGCCCCAAAAAGAAGGAGACUACAAACAUCAAAUCGACGCCGAAAAGAGGCAUGUGGAUGCUGCGCUCGUUCCUGGUUCUCGUUCUCCUCGUCCCCUAUGUCUCGGCGCUGCCAAAGGUCGUACCAGCCACUCGACGAUCAACGAGCCUUGACGGAGCUUCAGCUCGAGACGUUCUUGAAUCCCGACACAGUCACAGUCAACAAGCGCGACCUGGCUACUCAGGCGUACUUGCUUCAGCUCAAUCGGGACAUUUGGAUCGAAGUGGCUCCCCAGGAAAGCAACGGGACUCUCAAUCGAAAGCCUUCUCUACCAAGUCUCGUUUGCGAAGAGCCAAUGUCUUCCCCACUGUUGUAGCUGUCAACUCUACCGCCUCCCCACAAGACUCUGCCAGCACGGACGAUCGCACUCUAACCAUUGUCUUUGAGCAGAGCAACGGUACCGAGUCCAAUCUGACCGUCGCAGCUCCUCCCACCAAGCGCUGGGGUCAGACGGCCACCUAUCUACCAGGUCACAACGUGGUCGUAGUCGUCGGCGGACAGACAAGCCUCUCUGGAGCUAUCACCAACGAUGUCUACGCCCUCGACGUUUCGGAGCUUUCUUGGGCCAACAUGACCGGCGUCUCUGCCGCUCAGAAGUGGCAGAGGCUGUCCACAGAAGGUUUGCCCGCACAUGCCUACGCCGCGGCUAGCGCUGUCACGGACGCCGCCAAGGGAACAGACAACCUCUGGAUCGUGGGUGGUGUCACAGAGAACUGCGCAAUGGAUGCUCCAGCAUACGUAUGGUCGGCGCCCGCUGGAAACAUCACCGCUGGAAGGUGGGCCGCGGUCUACCCGGACAAUGGCGUUGCCCCAAGCCGACGACGCGGCGCCAAAGCGGUGACUCUGUCGCCUUCGGCCAACGCCACCGCUUCGAUUAUGGUCUCGGGCGGCACUUUCGACGCCACAACGUGUGCAUCCACCAAUGGCACGUACCAAGGCAUCGACAUGUGGAGUCAAUCCUCCGUUUCUCUCGGAUCCUUCUCGUCGGCGAACUCGACGUCGACCUCCAAAUCGAUCGAAACAGCCCACAUCGGCGUGGACGUGACUGGUACCGCCUACGCCUCGAUCCAAUCGCUUGCUCUCGAUCAACGAAUGCACGACUUCUCCCUGACCGACUACACCACCGCUGUUCUUCCCGCAAAUGGCACCUGUGGUGAAAAGGUCCUCUUCCUCGGUGGCAAAGACCAGUCCGGUCGCAUGGCUCGUCUCGACAAGUUCUGGGCUCUCGAUGUCGCCACGGGUGACUGGGAGAGCUGGAAUGCCACAGGACUCAUUCCGUCCGGUCGUAUGGGCCACACUGCCGUCGUCACCUCUGACGGCAAAGUGCUCUUGCACGGAGGAUACCUUCAGGAUCCUUCGCAGUUCAAGACGAACAACGAUCCGAUCGGCGAAGUCUUCAUCUUGGAUCCUCACCAAGCACCGGCCAGGUGGGACGCGGCCUCUUGGACGUCGGAGAGCUCGAAACCUCCCUCGGUCGCUUACCACUCGUCGGUGAUGGCGGGCCAGGUGAUGGUGAGCAGCUUUGGAAGGGUCAGCGAUGGUCCAUCCUUUGCCGGACAGAGCUUUUUGAAGAGCGACGAAUCGACAGCCUCGCCAGUAUACUAUUUGGACACUAGCACGAUGCAGAAUGCUGGUGGCUUCACUUGGUCCACUUCGACAGCUGGCGUCGCUCAGGCGAGGCAAGCUGUGGCUGCCACCGUCGGUGCUGCGGAUGCUGCUGCUGCACCCGUCGCUCCUGCACCGGCGCCAUCUCCAGGCGCAUCUUCUGCUCCCACUGCGUCUGCCUCUCCCUCGGUGAAGCCAACGUCGGAAGUCGCUGCCCCGACUUCCUCCGCAGCUCCAUCUGACACCCCUGCUCCGCCCCAAGACAACCAAUCUUCUUCAGGUUCCAACCACACCGGCGCCAUCGCAGGCUCGCUCCUCGGAGCAGCCGCCAUCGCCGCCGCCAUCGGUGGAAUCUACGCCUAUCGCAAACGCAAAGAGGCGGAGGCCUACAAUCUGGGUCGUCAAGAAGGUCGCGUUAACGAUCUGGACCGCUUCCAUCGUGGUGGCAAGGACGAGGAGACGCCUUAUGUAUCGAACCUCCAUCUGAGUGAGAUGCACAACAUCCCCGCUGCAGCGGCUGCUGGUGCGGCUGCCGGCGGCUGGGGUGCACGUCUGAAGCGAGCUGCCAGCGGUUUGACCAAAACUUCUUCGGCCGCGGCAGACGUGGGAGAGGACAAGUACACCGCUUCGCCAAAGGAUCGAGUCACGACGAUGCGAAGCACGCCUCCACGUGCUGCGACCGUGAAGCAGAGGCAAGCGGUCAUCGAGGACUCGGAACUCCCGGAUGACUUUAUCACCUCUCUCGUGGUCGCUGACGACGAACCGGUCGACGGCUCAUUCAGCCGCUCCGCUAUCGUCCUCCCCACCACCAUCGACGAUGACGAGGAAGAGAAGCACGUCAUGAUGCACUCCAACAUCUCACGCGCCUCCCUCAACUCCCUCGGAUCGGGAAGCGCAGCUGCAGCCUCUCACUUCUCCUACCCCUACCUCUCCGGAAUGCACCGUGGCUCCUCCCCCCACUCGUUCAUCCCUUCUAUCACCACCACCACCUCCCCUCCCGCGAACACUACCCAGCGAGUUCGCGUCAUCCUCGGGACCCCCGACAGCACCGCGCUCCACCUCUCCCCCGGCGACCACGUUUCCCCCUUCCACCUACCCCAAAACCCCUACACUUCGCCAGAAAGCCUCUGCCUCGACUUUGACUCGGACACGACCAUCGCUUUCGACGGCGUCUCCUCCCCCACCGUCCAGGAAGUAGCUCGAACUCCGCUGUUCCCCUGGUCGACUCCCGUCAUCGCCUCGCCUGCGCCGGCCAAGCUCAACACGGAGAGGACCAUGCUCAGGUCGAAACCGACCAUUCUGCACGUUGCUAACAAGUGA